AUGGCGAUGGAAAUCAGGUGCCGCAUUCCUGAUGCCCAUGAACUAUCAGUCCUCUGCGUCGCCUUCAAUAAUUACCGGAAUGAGGUCUACAGUGGGUCACAGGAUUGCCUUAUCAAAGUUGUUGAGUUCGGAGGACCUGUCUAUUCCUUGGCUUGGGAUGGAAAAGGAAAGCAUGUAAUAGCCGGAGGAAAAGGAGUCGUGCAGCUUUACCGUGUGAUUCGUUCUUCUGCCAGUAAAGUUUAUGCAACCGAGCAUAUUCAGCUUUGUCCACAAAAACAUAGUCCAAGGUGUCUGCUGUUCUCAUGUGGGAAACGUAUUUACUGCUGGGGAGCAAUAACUGCAGUAGCUUAUGAUAAAGAUGCAAAAACUUUGAUUACGGGGUCGUAUGAUGGAUCUAUCAAAAUUUGGAGCCACGAGGGACAUUGCAUGGACGAGUUUAUUGGCCACAGCACUCCUUCAAUUAUUGACACUUUGGCUCCAUCGGACGUGACCGAGUGGGUAGCUGACACAUGUGGAAUUCGUAAUCUACCUUUGACCAAGGGACAUGCAGACUGGGUGGAAUGCGUAGUUCUAUGUUAUCGAAAGCCUCCAAAGAUAAGUGAAGAGGAAAAUCAGAAGCCAAAGAAAAAAGACGCAGCAAAUAACGGUGGUCCUAAAAGAGUUACUUUUACAGCCGUGGGCGAUGGACCUAUAUCACCCUCGUCAUCACCAGAACCUGAAGCUCCUGUUCAACACCAAACCUUUAUAUCUCCGACUGCUCCACAAAUUGGAUCGUUACUAGAUACCGAAAUUUACAGUGCGGGUGCAGAUGGUUCUAUUCUUAAGUGGAAACCAAGUCCUGGCAAUAAUUGUGAUUCAUGGACUAUGCAUGAGUAUGCCCCUCCAUGUGGUUCUGCUGUCUUAUGCAUGAUCCAUGAUCCGACUUCGGAUGUGCUGGUGACAGGGUCCGAAGACUGUAAAAUACGAAUAUGGAACCUUGAUACACAGCCCACUGUAUCACGGUGCCAGGUAGCUGGGGGCGAGGUAACAGGUCCGGACGUGCUUCGUGGUCAUGAAGCAAAAAUCGUUGGACUUUGCGUUCACAAUGAAGAGGGCAUGCAGUAUAGUCCUCCCAGAGAUGAAGGAGAAAUUGCAAUGUGGGAUCCAGAUGCCGGUUGUGUCACCAAGACAAUGUGUCAUAAGAAAGAGCCGGUAACCUGCUUAUUUGUGGAUGAAAUUAACAAGCUGGUGCUGAUGAGCAUGCUGUCUGAUCACUUUAUUCGGGGUUUUGACUUGAAUAUGGAGAAGGAGUUGUGCACCUACGUUGGCCAUAAGGAUCAAAUCCAUUCGCUCGUUCACUUUCCGCACAGAAAGCAGUAUCUCUCAGGCUCAUGGGACAGCACAAUUCGCGCAUGGCUUACUCCUGAUUCAAUAGUAGAGCCUAAGCCGGUUGUCAUUAGAACAGCUGUCGAAGAGAAAGACGUGGAUCCUUUACAAGAGGAGCCACUUAUAAGCAGCUAUGAAAAAGAAUAUCCUUUGGUACCUCCAAAAACUUUACAAAAUGCAGGUCCUGCAAUGUUUCCGACCAAACGUCCAGAUUCUCGAGAAACAAUCCCUGCAACAGGGAAGCUUGUGAUAGGGAGUAGCAUCAGUGUCUUGCGAGACUUCUUGGACGAGAGCAAGUUCGGUGUUGUGAGAGCAUGCAAGGUUUUCACAUUCAAAGCACUUGAAGCUACAGCGCAAUCCUGCAAGUUUAUUGCGCAAGCCGUGGCCUUGACAGACGCUUCAGCAAAUGUAUCCCCAAAAUGA